AUGUCUUAUCAAACCUUUCACCCAAAUACAGGAAGUGUUCAAACUGUUAGUGAAGACAAUCCAGAUGACGAGAACAGCCCAUUAUAUCCUUUUGGAAAACCAGUAUUCUUAUCUGGUUUAUCUGUUCAAAUGGCAUUCGUUCGUAAGGUUUGGGUAAUUUUUACUAGUGAACUUGUAGCAGUUACCUUUACAACAGCCUUACUUAUCUAUAUGUAUGAAUGGAGGCAUUUCCUUCAAAGACAUUUUGCUGAUUUAAUUCCGGCAUUUUCCCUUGCAUUGAUCUUGAGUUUAUAUUUCAUUUUGGAUACGUGGUAUUUGAUGAAACAAAUGAGCAAAGACGAAUAUUGGGGUGCGAGCAUGCAAUUGUAUUUGGACUUGAUUAUUCCGUUUAGAAUCAUUCACCAUAUGUGUGAACUUACAGCGGAAUUUGGGGAGGAUGAUUGA